GCAGAGGAAGGGGGCCGGCCGAGAGGAGGGGCCAGGGGCGAGGCUCUGGGCGCAGGAGAAAACCUGUUUGUUCUCCUGCGGGCGGAGCCCAGUCCGUGCCUCCUCGCCGGCCCGCGCGCUCCCCACCGCGCCCCGCGUCCCGCGUCCGCUCCCCAGCCCGGCCCGGCCGGCGCUGCCCACCGGAGGGAGCCCGCGCCCCGCGCCCGCCGGACCCUACGCCCGUCCCGCGAGCCGGGCACCUGUGCCAGAAAACUUCUAGGCAGCAUGACCAAGAGGCUUGUCAAGGGGAAACUGAUGAGUUUCCAACCAAGUAGUGGGAGGUCCUGAGCUGAGGCCCAGAAGAGGAGCCCUGUUGAAUCUACUGAGAAGGGACGUUCAGAGUGAACACCAUGAGUAUCUCAGCUCUUGGAGGAAGCAGCAAAGGGAAGCCUCUCUCAGCAGGCCAGGAGGAGCGCAAUACUGUCCUCAAGCAGAUGAAGGUCCGCACCACGCUGAAGGGGGACAAGAGCUGGAUCACCAAACAGGAUGAAUCGGAGGGCUGCACCCUUGAGCUGCCCUCCGGCCGGACUCGUACCACCUCGCUUUCAUCAGUUGGGGAGGUCCCGAAGGCCAGGCCCCUGAGCACGAGGGCUCCCACGGGCUAUAUCAUCCGUGGAGUGUUCACCAAACCUGUGGACAGCUCGUCCCAGCCUCACCAGCACUUCCCCAAGGCCAAUGGAGCUCCAAAAAGCAUGGCCAGUCUGGGGAAAGCAGGUCCCACUGGCCCUCCCCGCCCUUCCUCCUCUGGCUACAAGAUGACCACGGAGGAUUACAAGAAGCUGGCCCCCUACAACAUCAGGCGCAGCUCAGCAUCAAGAGCUGCUGAAGAGGAGGAGGUGCGCUUCUCUUCUGAUGAGCAGAAACGGAGGUCCGAGGCUGCCAGCAGUGUGGUGAGGAAGACAGCUCCCCGGGAGCACUCCUACGUCCUGUCAGCAGCCAAGAAGAAUGCCGGCAGCCCUGCCCAGGAGACACUGGCCCCAUUCAUUGCCAAGAGGGUUGACGUGGUGGAUGAGGAUGGGUCUUCUGAGAAAAGCCAGGACCCACGUGCUCUGACAAGAUUCCCUGCUGGCUCGAGCAGUGCAAGAGGCGAGGAGACUGUCCACCUGCAGAUCACAACACCCGGGGCAGGACUCCACCUGGUGGCCCCACACCUGGAAGAAAUGAGGUCUUCCUCAGGUUCCAAAGACAAAGAGGUCCCUCACCCCGGAGAGCCCAAGAGAAGCUUGACUAGUGAAGGAGCCUUCAGGAGCCCUGAUGCAGACUCUGAAAGAUCAAGUGCACAGUCAAGUGAUGGCAACAUGGGAUUGGAAGCCAUGGGCUCCCCAGCUGAAGACUUGGUUGGAGCAGAUGUCAGCUCUGGGAAAGGAGGGCCGUGCUCACCUGCUGGCUUCACCCCUCUCCUGGAUGAUCAGGAGGUGCCCAGUGCCAACUCACAACCUUGCAAGCCUGCACCAGCAACCAUCAGCUCUGAUGCCAUAUCGGCCUCUGCUGUCCUGGCCAACAGGAAGAGCAACAGCCUGGCAGACCUGGAGGAUAUGGAGACAAAUCCAAAGGGCACCUUGGUGGUUUUUGAGGAGAAGAAUGUGGUCACCAAGGAGGGAGAGACGUGGCAGGGGAGGCCCGGAGUCCUGCAAGAUGAUCAAGGAGACCCAGUUGUACCCACCCAGCAGUGCACAGACCCCAGCACCUCGGAGCAGAGCAGCCCCAGAAAUCCUGAGCAGCACCUGGAAGUGGACAGCCCGGCCAACAGCACCUUGGUUGUUUUUGAGAAGAAUGUGGUCACCAAGGUGGGAGAGACGUGGCAGGGGAGGCCUGGAGUCCUGCAAGAUAAUCAACAAGACCCAGCCGUACCCACCCAGCAGUGCACAGACCCCAGUACCUCAGAGCAGAGCAGCCCCAGAAAUCCUGAGCAGUGCCUGGAAGUGGACAGCCCGGACAACAGGAUGAGAAACCCCUCGGGCUGCAUGGUCUCAGUUCCCAGGCCUGCCCCUUCUGAGCAGCAUCCUAUUCACAUGCCAGCCUCCCCAAGUGAACUGGAGCCCAACUCAACCAGCAAAGGGAUUCUCUUUGUGAAGGAGUAUGUGAAUGCUGGUGAGGUAUCUUCCAGGAAGCCACUGUCUUCAUUCUAUGGCAGCACUGGCAGCAAUGAGGACUCAUGCAAUAUGGAGAAGAAACUCUCAUAUGACGGUACUCUGUACUCUGAGAGAACAAGUGGAGGGAUCUGUACUUACUGCAGCCGGGAGAUCCGAGACUGUCCAAAGAUCACCCUAGAACACCUUGGCAUCUGCUGCCAUGACUAUUGCUUUAAGUGUGGGAUUUGCAGUAAACCAAUGGGUGAGCUUCUGGAUCAGAUCUUCAUUCACCGUGAUACCAUCCACUGUGGGAAAUGCUAUGAGAAGCUGUUCUAGGCUGAGAAGAAAGUGAUGACUCCUGGACAAGUUUGACUAUUCCCAGUUGCCCCAAGUUGCUGGCUCUUCUUCCCUCACUUCCUCCCUCAUGCUUCAGAUUUGUUCAUGUUUUUGCCCUUCUUAAGUUGAACUUGCUUAUAUCCAGUAGCAUAUCUUGAUGAUGUUAUGAUAAUCCCUUGUGUGUGUACCUUUUCAUAGCUGAAAAAGCACUUCCCAUCCAUGAUCUUACUUCAGGUUCAAGCAAAGAGUGUUGAACCAUAAUUCUGUUUUGACUUCCCUAAGACCAGUCAGCUUCCUGAUGAGUUUAGGUGGCCUAAGUGUGCCUUUGGGACUUGAAAGCAGAAGGAGACCCCCCUGAAGCUUCUUAGGGGCCAGGGUAAAGAAUGCCGAUGAUCCCUGGUGGGUAAAUUGCAGACACUGAAUGCUAGGGAUCGACAUAGGUGAAUGUUUAACUUGUCUAUUUAGCAUAUAUAUUUUUGGACUCUCCAUAUCCUUUUACAACUAGUUCGUUGCUUUCAAUUGAGUUACAUAGCAGAUUUUAGUUACCUCCUCCUACCUACCUUUCAGUAUAGCUGAGUUCUUCCCCGCAGGCAUGUGGGCAUGUAUUAGAAAGUUUACACAUUAGGUUUAAAUUCUCUAUGAUGUAAUUCUGAAGAGGCUACUGACCAAAUGGACACCUGUGUCUGAAUUUUGAUAGCUGAUUGAUACCUUAGACCUCAAUUUCCAACCCCUAAAGUGUAUACAGGGAUCCCCUAAAGUAGGUCUUAGAGUGUAUAGACUCCAGUAAGAUUAUGAAGGGAGGAAAUCAGCUAGCAUUCUUAAGGCCUUACUAUGUAGCAGGCAUUAUAACAGAGUGAUGGCAUUAAUCCCCGUUCUAGUCUUGUGAAUAGGGUGUUCUUCUCCCCAGUUUGCAAAAGAGGAUAUUGAGGCUCAGAUAAGCAGUCAGAACCAUUGCUGUGUCUCUCCAGUAACUGUAACCAUAGUCCUGAGCCUGUGUGGAGGUUAACCUAGUCCUCCUGGGGAAUCUGCCCCCCUCAGACCUUCCCUGAGGCACAUUUUUACAAAGAGAGGCAGGUGGGAAAUUGCACUCCUCCUCUGGGCAUCCUGGGUAAAAUACAAGAGCCAAACUGGCCCUCCUCACCCCCCUUUUCCAUGAAAACACUUCUGAACUGAAAUACUCUUCGCUGGGAAGAGAUUUGACUCACAGGUCUUCCCAAAGAAGAGCUUGUCAACCCAGGGGAAGCUCCAGUGGGCUAGCUGAUCUGAGCACAGGGCCCUCAGUGAUGUCCCAUUUUCCAGUCCAGACAGAUCCCAAGCUAGCAGCAACUACCAAGACCCCAGGAACUUGGAACAGGGACUCCUACUGGCCUGCUGGACAGAUGUAGGCCCGUGCAACUGGGCUCCUCCACCUUUGGUACUGGGAUUACUGUGUAAAUUGGGCUUCCCUGGUGGCUCAGUUGGUAAAAAAUCUGCCUGCAAUGCAGGAGAUCCUGGUUCAAUUCCUUGGUCAGGAAGAUCCACUGGAGAAGGGAUAGGCCACACACUCCAGUAUUCUUGAGCUUCCCCUGUGGCUCAGCUGGUAAAGAAUCUGCCUGCAAUGUGGGAGACCUGGGUUUGAUCCCCGGGUUGGGAAGAUCCCCUGGACAAGGGAAAGGCUACCCACUCCAGUAUUCUGGCCAAAAGAAUUCCAUGGACUGUGUAGUCCAUGGGGGUCACAAAGAGUAGGAUGCGGCUGAGCGACUUUCACUUUCACUGUGUAAGUUCCACAAAAGGACAAACUGGCAGUUUCUCUGAUUAAAAAUGAGGGCCUUUUCUCUUGAUCUCGAAGAGUUUGGGCUGCCUUUCUGAGUGUCUGGUGUCCUCCGCUAGCGUUCAGAAGUUGUUUUGUGGAUGUUGCUCCACAUUAAAAUAACAUUUUUUUUUUGAUGAGCCUGUGGGGGAGAAAGUGGUCUCCCCAUCCUAUUCUUCCACCAUUUUGGGACCACCCCUUCUCUUGAUUUAAUUAGAAAAUGUCUCUCCAUCUAUGUCCAGUUUCUGAGCCCUGUGCACAUUGGAUGGUGGACUUGUUCUUCUUGCAAAAUGAUCAGAGAAGAACAUUCCAUUUAUUUACAUGGAUGUGCAUCAGAUUUGCUCUAGAUGGGAAAAUUGGCACAGCAUGCCACGUACUGACACAAAAUAUGAGCUGGUUUUCCUCAAGACUAGCCCUCAGCCUGGGACUUGGCACAUGGUAGGGAUUGACACAUAGAUGCUGAAUGAAUCAGUGAAAGGGAAAGAGGUCCAAGAUAGGCUGGCUUCCCCACCUUCAAGAUACACUCUGCCUUUAAGGGAGUUUUAGAACCAGUGUGCAAGAUACUGAUUUUAAUCUGAAAAAAUCUCUUUCGUGGUUGAAAUGGCUCACAUUUCUGCAGACUUAAGGAAGAGAGGUGGUUGCAUUACACUUUGCUUCUUUUUAGUUGCCUAGAAUUUUUAAUCAUACUUGCUUGACUCACAGUAACGUACACAAACAUAAUAAAUGGUGAGAUACUUCAUA